AUGGUCCGCCUACCGUUUUCCAAGGCGCCAACGACGUUGUCAAAAACUCGCCGACCGGCCGAACGCCUGCUGACCGCUAUGGAGCGUAAGUUCCAAAGAGACUCCCGGUUCGGAGAGCUCUACCGUCAGUUUAUGCGAGAGUACGAAGACCUGAAACACAUGGAGUUAGCUACGGUCUCGCCAUUCAACGAGGAUGAGUAUGGAUGCUUCUUACCUCAUCAUGGAGUCCUCCGAGAAUUAAGCACCUCCACCAAACUAAGGGUGGUAUUUAACGGGUCGCAAGAGACAACGUUCGGCGAGUCGCUGAAUCACCACCUCCUCAUCGGCGCCAAUUUGCUGCCCGCUUUAGUCGACGUGUUGACGCGCUGGCGCUGGCACCGCUACGCCUUCAUCACGGACAUCGAGAAGAUGUACCGGCAGAUCCUCAUCCACCCGGACGACAGGACGUACCAGUGCAUCCUCUGGUGUUGCGCCCUCCUUGCCCUCGUGUGCGUGUACCAGCUCCUCACGGUGACAUACGGCCUCGCAUGCGCGCCUUUUCUAGCCAUUCGAACGUUGCAACAAUUGGCCCAUGACGAACAAUCGCGAUAUCCGUAG